AUGUCUGACCCUCGCGCCAAAGGUGGAAAGGGAGGUGCCGGAUCGUCGGCCAAGGCCUCAGGCUCAGGCGCCGCGGAUGGCAAGAAGGCCAGCGUCACCCAGAGCUCCAGGGCGGGUCUCCAGUUCCCCGUCGGACGUAUCCACCGCCACCUCAAGAACCGCACCCAGAACCACGUCCGCAUCGGUGCAAAGGCCGCCGUCUACGCCAGCGCCAUCCUCGAGUAUCUGACUGCCGAGGUGCUCGAGCUCGCAGGAAACGCCUCCAAGGAUCUGCGCGUCAAGCGCAUCACUCCGCGCCACCUGCAGCUUGCCAUCCGAGGAGACGAGGAGCUGGACAGCCUGGUCCGCGCCACCAUCGCCGGAGGUGGUGUGCUGCCUCACAUCCACAAGUCUCUGAUCAAAGCGAGCUCGUCCAAGAAGAAGGCGUCCGGUGGCGGUGCCGAAUGA